CAAAGAAAAAAUAAAAAACUAUGUGCUUGUGAAAAAAUAUACAAAAUAAAUUUAAAUAUUUAUGAAAAUAAGCAAAAUUUAAACCAAAAAAAUGUCUCUGGCCACACUGUGCCGUUUAUGCGUGUGUCCUUUCCAUGAUUGUAAACAAUUAUUCGAUGAAAAUGGUCAGUGCAAUGAGGCUUAUGAUAUAGCCAGCAAAUACUUUGACCCAAUGCUAUUAAAUUCCGAACAAGAACUCAACUCGGCCGUAAUAUGUCUAGAAUGUUGGCAGCACAUCAGUGACUUUUAUAGUUUUCAACAGACUGUGUAUACGGCACAGUCUAAGUUAGAGGAUGUUAAGCAAAUUGUACCCCUAAUUAAACUCGAAGAAGAACUAAUAGAAGAAACACCGAUUGACAGUGGAGAACUACAAAAUGAUGUUUUAUUAAAUGAUGAAGAACUUAAGGACGAGGAGCACAUAUCUGAUGUGGAAGAUACAUACGACGUAAGAGAUGACAAUCCUUUUAGUUCUGAUGAUGAAAGGCCACUAUUGGAAAGUAUUAAAAAAGUGAACAAGAAAAAAACUAAGAGAAAUGCAAAUAAAAAAGAGGAAUCUGGAGAUAAUAUGGACAAGUCGAAAACACCUCCAAAGAAGAAAGAGAAACGCAUUAAAAAGGAGACCAAAAGCAAAACAAAGGCUAAAGCUGCAGACUCAGAGAUUAAACCAGAAGAGGCAUCAGAAGAUCCUAACGAUUCAGCUAAUAAUAAUGAACAAAGUGGUAGUCAAAAUGAAAACUCUACAUCAACAGAUAAAAUUAGUUAUAAUAAACAAAGAACAUUGGAGAAUGAUGCUUAUAUAGCCGCUUGGCGCAGUGAAUUGGAAUGUGAAAUAUGUCAUGCCUCAUUUUCCAAUUACACAUUGCUGCGUAAACAUUUUGUCCAGGAACAUCCCGGGGAAAAAUUCUAUGUUUUGUGUUGUCAACGGAAAUUUACCCAUCGAUUUCAUAUAGUAGAACACAUACGCCUGCAUAUGGAUCCCAAUGCCUUUAAAUGUGAAAUAUGUGGUCGCUGCAGUACUAACAGUCGCAAUCUUACGAAACAUAUAAGAGAACUACACACUGAGGAAGGAAAACUGCGUCCAUUUGAGUGCAACGUAUGUCAUAAAUCUUUCAUAAACAAGACAGUAUUAAGAAUACACAUGGAAACUCAUGAAACCAAUCUUACACAUAUGUGUAGAGAGUGUGGCAAAGGUUUUCCCUCCGAACAAAGGCGUAAUCUACAUGAAAAAUCCGUACACAAUGCAGAUCGGAUUUGUGAUCAGUGCGGCAAAACAUUACAUGGUCCCUAUGCUCUGAAAAAGCAUCUUCUCGAACAUGCUGGAGUACAGAAACGUAAAUGGCCAUGCGACAUCUGUGGUGCCGAAUUACAUUCGCACUCUAGUUUAAAGAGACACAAACUUAUUACACAUCACGAUGGUUCCACCGUUUAUGUAUGCAGUGAGUGUGGUAAGGUGGCCACUACCGAAAUGGCAUUACGUAGUCACAAGAAAAAUGUUCAUCAAACUGAGCGCAAAUUUAAAUGUACAAUAUGUGAGAAAAGCUUUAAGUUUGCCAUUGUGCUACGCGAACAUAUGGCUACGCACACGGGCGAAGAUUUAUAUCAAUGUCCCCAUUGCACGAAAACCUUUAAGACAAAUGCCAAUAUGCAUCAUCACCGCAAGAAGGCACAUCCUAAGGAAUGGGCCGAGGCGCGAAUGAAUAAACCUCAGUCGACAAAGGUUGAUUUUAAUUUGGUACAAAAUGAAGUCUAUGUUCAAUGUGUUGGCGGCAUAUACAAGAUUUCUACUAUUUCCAAAAGACGGUCUUUGAGGCUCAUGCAAAGCUGUUGGAAGGUACGAAGGAAAUUGCCAGAACAAAAUGAUGACAAACUGUUAAUGGUAAUAGAAAAUACACAUGUUAAUCAUGAGGCGCAAGACAACCGAUUGGAAGUCUUUGAUAUAGUUGAUACAAAUGCAUUUAGUUCUGAUAAUAGGAGGCUUAUAAUGGAAACAUUUCAUAUAACGCUGGAAGAUAUGACGGAAAAUACAUUAGGUAUUACCGUGGAACCCAAACAAAUUGAUGACAAACAGCCAAUAGUAAUAGAUAAUCGAUCUGAGAAGAAAAUUAAACAUGAAGCACACACAGAUGCAUUUAGUUCUGAUGAUGAGAUACACUUAAUGGAAAGUUUUCGUCAGACUAGCCAAAAAUACAAUGAGCAAAAAGCCAUUGAAAACGAUGCAAUAAUAGCCGACUGGAGAAGUGAGUUGGAGUGUGUGAAAUGUAAUGCUAAUUUUGCAAAUUUCUCUUUAUUGCGACAACAUUUUAUUAACGAUCAUGUUGAGGAGAAGCGCUGCUAUAUUAUACCUAUGUUCUCAAAUUUGGCCAUACAUGUUAGAGAUGUGCAUAGUGGUAAGGGUGGUAAAAAGCGAAGUCUACAAUGUCCGAAUUGUUUAAAGAUUAUGCUCAAUAAGCGUUCCUUAAUAAUUCACCUAAAAACACACAAAACAAAGCGUUACUACAGUUCAGAAGAAGAACGUAAGUCCCAUAUGCAUCUAUUGCGCCGUAAACAUAUGUGUACACUUUGUGAGAAAGCUUUCAGAAGCCCACGAGAUCUACGCGAACAUAUGACAACGCAUACGGGCAAGCGUUUGUAUAAGUGUCGACACUGUGAGAAGACAUUUAAGCAAUCUUCUAGUAUGUAUACUCAUCAUAAGAAAGCACAUCCACAGGAGUGGACAGAGUCAAGUAAGAAAAGAGGCAAUAGUCUUAAAAAGGAAAAAAUGCAAAUAAAACAAGAAAAUAUAAAAUCAGAGCCUCCCAAAUUGCCCGAUAAAAAUGAUGAUGCCUCUAAUGAAACAGAUGCUCAUCAAAAAUCCAAAGAAAACGAUACAAUAGCUGUUCAGCGCAGCUUGAAGUGCAAAGGCAGAGGAGUUCAAAAACGCAAAUUGCCCUGUGAUCUUUGCAGUUCACAAUUUAAGUCACACUCCGAUCUUAAACACCAUAAACAGCUUGUACAUAAAUGUGUUACCGUAUACGUUUGUAGUGAAUGUGGAAAAGUUGCUAACACUGAAUUUGCUCUACGCACGCACAAACGCAACGUUCAUCUUAGAAAACGAACAUUCCAAGACGAUUGCCAACAAUUGAUCGAUGACACAGGUCAAUGUAAUGAUGCUUACGAUAUUGCAAGUAAAUAUUUUGAUCCAAUGUUGUUGAUUGCUGAUCAAGAACACACUUCUCCCAUUAUAUGUGCAAUUUGUUGGCGGCAUAUACAGGAUUUCUACUAUUUUCAACAAACAGUCUUUGAGGCUCAUGCAAAACUGGACGAUGUUAAGGAAGUUGCCUUAGAUGUUAAAGUGGAGCUGGAACAAAUUGAUGAUAAGCAGCUAAUAGUAGAAAGUAGUUCAUCUGCGAAAGAUGUUAAACAUGAAAUAGAUGUCAAUCGAAUAGUAUCCUUUGAUACAGAAGAAGAUAAUGUAUUUAGUUCUGAUGAUGAAAAACCCUUAAGGAAAAAUUCUGGUCAGGUGAAAGAAAAAUGUUCAGCUAAACAAAAUUCCAAAGAAAUGGUAACUCUAAGCAAAAGCAAAACUCCUAAGAAACGUGACAAGAGUCGUAAAAAGCAAAAGUUAGAAACAACAGAGACAAAUUUAAAAAGGGAAACUUCCAUAUUGUCGGAUGAAAAUGAUGCCUGUAAUAACAGUGAAAAAACAGAUGCCCAACAAAAAACCUUAGAAAAUGAUGCGUUUAUAGCUGCCUGGAGAAGUGAGUUGGACUGUGUGAAAUGUAAUGCAACAUUUGCAAAUUUCACCUUACUACGCAAACAUUUCCUCAAGGAUCAUUUAGAGGAAAAGUGUUAUAUUGUUUGCUGUGAUCGCAAAUUUAGCAGUCGUUAUCAUAUUGUGGAACAUAUACGAUUGCAUAUGGAUCCUAAUGCAUAUCGCUGUGAUGUAUGCGGCAGAUGUAGUACUAACAGCCGAAAUUUGUCUAAACAUAUUAAAGAAUUGCACAGUGAAGAGGGUAAAAGGCGCAGCCUGGAGUGUCCAACAUGUUUAAAGAUUUUAGCCAAUAAGAACUCCUUAAGAGUUCACCUGGAAACUCACGAGACAAAUCUAAACUACAUUUGUCGGGAAUGUGGCAAAGGUUUUCCCUCUGAACAAAAACGUACAUUACACGAACGUUAUGUUCACAAUGCAUCUCUUAUUUGUGAUCAGUGUGGCAAAAACCUACACAAUCACUAUGCCAUGAAGCAACAUCUUCUCCAGCAUGCAGGCGUUCAAAAACGUAAAUGGCCCUGUGAUCUUUGCAGUGUAGAAUUGAAUUCACGAUCUGGUCUCAAGCGCCACAAACAGCUAAUACAUCAAGAUGGCUCUACGGUAUAUGUUUGCAGUGAAUGUGGUAAAGUUGCUAGCACCGAAAUUGCUUUGCUCACGCACAAACGUAAUGUUCACACAUCAGGACGUAAACAUAAGUGUACACUUUGUGAAAAAGCCUUUAAAUUUCCUAGAGUUUUGCGGGAACAUAUGGCAACACAUACUGGGGAGGAUUUGUAUAACUGUCCGCAUUGUGAGCGUACAUUUAAGACAAAUGCUAAUAUGCAUCAUCAUCGUAAGAAAGCACAUCCGCAGGAAUGGGCGGAGGCCCGUCUAAAUAAACCUCAAGUUACAAAAGUUGAUUUUAAUUUGGUGCAAAAGGAAGUUGUUAUAUACGAUUGCCAACAAUUAAUCGAUGAUACAGGUCAAUGUAAUCAUGCUGAUGCGAUAUCGCCAUUGUUGAUUGCUGAUCAAGAUCACAAUUGUUCCAUUAUAUGCGCAAUUUGUUGGCGGCAUAUACAGGAUUUCUACUAUUUUCAACAAACGGUUCUUGAGGCUCAUACAAAAUUGGAAGAUUAUAUUACAGAGAAAAAUCUAAAAUCAGAACUUUCCAAACUGUCUAAUAACAAUGAUGAUGACUGUAAUAAGAAAAUAGAUGCCCAACACAAAACUUUAGAAAACGAUGCGUUCAUAGCCGCUUGGAGAAAUGAGUUGGACUGUUUUAAAUGUAAUGCCAAACUUGCAGAUUUCACUUUACUACAGAAACAUUUUCUCAAGGAUCAUUCAGAUAAAAAGUGCUAUAUUGUUUGCUGUGAUCGCAAAUUUAGCUGUUAUCAUAUUGUGGAGCAUAUACGGCAUAUGGAUCCCAAUGCCUAUCGGUGUGAUGCCUGUGGUAAAUGUAGUAAAAAUAGCCGAAAUUCGGACCAACAUAUUAAAGAGUUGCACAGUGAAGAGAGUAAACAGCGCAGCCUGUUUACUCUCUUCACUGUGCAAACCCACGAAACAAAUCUAAACUACAUUUGCCAGAAAUGUGGCAAAGGUUUUCCCUCUGAACAAAAACGUACGCUACACGAACGAUUAUGGAUUUUUUCAACAUACAAACAUUUACCAAUUGAUACGCUUUUUCUAAUUAUGAAUCAAACUGCCUUGUGUCGUUUAUGCAUACGUUUAUAUAAUGAAUUUAUAAAUUUAUUCAAUGAUAAUGGCCAGAGCAAUGAAGCCUACGAUAUUGCCGUCAAAUAUUUUGAUCCCAUGUUAUUGAAGCCGCAACAUGAACAUGACACUACCUUAAUUUGUAUUGUAUGUUGGAGUCAUAUCAAUAAUUUUCACAAUUUUCAAAAUUCUGUUCUAAAUGCGCAAGUGCAAUUAGAAAACAGUAUGGAACAUAUACCAAUGAUUAAGCUUGAAGAUGAAGCCUGGAUGGAUCAAAUAACUAUUGUCGAUAAUGAAAAUAAUACAUUUACAAAUACGAAUCAUUCAUAUGUAUAUAGUAAAGAAAUUGAAAAUCAUGAAGUAGCUUCCUCCAGUAGAAACAACGAAUGUAAACCUAAUCUAGAUAAAACCAAGGAAUAUGAGAUGUUAAUAAAGAAAUGGAAAGGCGUUUUGGAAUGUGAUUUAUGUCACUAUAAAUUCAAAAACUUUAGUGAUUUACGUCAACACUUUCAACAGCAACAUCCUAGAGAUAAAUUCUAUAUUAACUGUUGCAAACGUAAAUUUUACAAUCGUUAUGACAUGGUUGAACAUAUACGAGUACAUUUAAAUCAGAAUACCUACCAGUGUAAUAUCUGUGAUAAAACAUUUUCUUGUAAUCGUAAUUUAAACCGACAUAUACGACAGGUACAUAUUGAAAAAGUUCAGCGAGUGUUUGAAUUAAUGAACAAUACCAACAAAUCUAUAAAAUAUCAUCCUCCUAUGGGUUUAUUAAAGGCAGAAGAGGAGAAUAAAAUAAAUAGCAAAAAGACCUUUACUAGGUCGACCAAAGUACCACGUGGGAAAAUAAAUAUCACCCCACAAACUGAUGACAAAAUUGCUGGCAAUUUAGAAGUGAAAAAACAACGACAACAUCAUCACCAGGAUCUGAAAUAUUUUCAACUUAAAAUUUCUUCAAACAAAAAAACUACAUUGGAAUAUGACACACAAAUAGCCGAGUUAAAAAGAGUAUUAGAAUGUCCUGUCUGCCGGAGAAAUUUUCCGUAUUAUACUUCAUUACGAGAACAUUUCCAAACGGAACAUCCUGAAGAGAAAUUUCAUAUAAUUUGUUGUCAACGUAAAUUUGGCAAUGGCUAUCAAAUAUAUGAACAUUUUCAACUCCACAAUAAUCCCAAUGCAUUUAGAUGUGAAAUUUGUGAACACACCUUUUCCCGGAGCGCCAGUUUAACCCGACACAUACGGGAGUUACACAUGCAAAAUGUUCAAUGGUCAUGUGAUCAUUGUGGUGUUAGUUUUAAGUCUUGCUCGGUUUUGGGAAGACAUAAAAAGAGAUGUUUUGGAAAAAUGUGUAAAAAGUUGCAGCCACAACAUAAAUUGGAAUGUCUUAAUGUAACGGAUAAUUAUGUUGGUGCAACGUUUUCAAAUUAUACUUUAAUGCAAAUUGCACCGUAAGCAUAAUAAUGUUUGAAAAUUUCUUUAGCCACACAUAGAAAUUCUUGAAAUACUUUUGUGAAUUAUUUUUUAUUUAAAAGUUUAAAUAAAAUGAAGAAUUUUUGUACGUUUUCUUUAAAA